AUGUGGUCAUUUCAAAUUUCAAGUUUGCAUAAUAUUAAUUUAUGUACAUUAUUACGUUUAAUUGAUGAAAACAAUAUUCUUGACAAAUUCGAAUUAAUCAAUAAUGAUAAUUUACAUUUAUCAUCAUAUUUUUCACUUAUAGGUACAUUUUUAAUUAUAAUAAUAUCACAUAGAAGAAUAACAACAGAAGAUUUAUGUUUAUUUUCAACAAUAUUACAAGAUGAUAUUAUUAUUAAAAAUAUUUCAAAUUGGUCAGUAUUAAAUGAUUUUAUUAAAUUAUUUCGUACUAUUUUACAUACUGAAUUUGUUACGAAUAUUUAUUAUGAAUUAAUCAAUGAUGAAAUAGAAUCAAAGAACACUCUUGAAGCUGGUCGUUUUAAAGGUAAAAAAAUUCUUUAA